UGAAUUUCGGGGAGUUUUGUUGCCCUUUUUCCCCACUUGCGGCGCUUUGGGCGGCUGUGCCAAUUCUUUGUUUGCCGGCAAGGCUGCUCCUGGGUCCCGCUCCGGGCAGGUGGGGCUCCCGCUCUCCCUCCCUCGGGCUGCCCGGAGGGCUUCUCCCCGCCAGGAGGAAGGUAGCCCCGAGAGGGUCCCGGGUGGAUGCGGGGCUGGACAAAGGGGGGGAAGCCCCGCCCCACGGAGGGCAAAGGGGGCUUUUCUUUGAAGGGGUUCAGGGGGGAUUCUGGGGUGAAUGAAAGAAAUAGCCGCCUCCUCACUUCAAUUGGGUGGGUGGGUGGAGGGUUUUCUUUAAGGGGGGGGGGAAGGUUUAAAUUGCUUGAAUUGAGUUCAUUUUGUCCCAACGGAGAAACGAUCCACUUUCUUCCUGCUUCAUCUAAAUAUUUGGAUUGCUUUUGUUUGGCAAAGCUGGGUAGAAUCUCUAAAACCCAGUUUUUUCCACUUGUGUUGCUCUGAAGGGUCUGUGAUGUGUCAGCCCCUCGUUGGUGGCUUUUAUAAAUCAGAAUAGAGAUGAUAGGGACCUUGGAGGUCUUCUAGUCCAACCCUCUGCUCAAGGACCUUCUACCAUUUCAGACAGGUUGCAGUCUAUCUUUUCUGAAAAAUCCAGUGUUGGAGCACCCGCAACUUCUGCAGAGCAGUUGCUACACUCCUUAACUGUCCUCUCUGUUAGGAAGUUUCUCCUUAAUUCCAGGUUGUCUCUCCUUGAUUUGUUUCCAUCCAUUGCUUCUUGUCCUGCCUUCUGGUGCUUUGGAGAAUAGGCUAACCUCCUCUUUGUGGCAGCCCCUCAAAUACUGAAAUACUGCUAUCAUGUCACCACCAAUCCUUCUUUUCUCUAGAGGAGGGGUGUCAAACUGUAUUUCAUUGAGGGCUGCAUCAGGGUUGUGUGGAUGGAGGGUGGGGGCAUGUGCUUGGUCACAGGACUUGGGACACGUGGGAGGGCCAAGUGCUAAGGCAGGACUUCCCUGAGACCCUCCCACCCUCUCAUUAUACAGGUAAUCCUCAAGUUAUGAAUGUAAUAGAAACUGCCAAUUAUAUACAUAAUCCAAUGAUUUGUUUGAUUGAAUCACGUUAAAUGAACGUGAUCACUCCCUGCUUUCCCCAAUGCAUUUGUUAAUCAACUGCGUAGAUAAUUAAAUACACAUGAGGUAUCUUAGGCUGGGGAAGAGCAUGGUGGGGGGCGAUUGCUGGAGCAGGCCAUCCAAGGCUUCUCCCAAUCCACUCAGCCACGUCAUAACCAGUCAGCAGGAAACUGCUUUUCACUGGCCAGACUGGUCCCAAACUAAGCUUGCAAGCCCUCCCAACAGAGAAGCCUUUUAUUCAGAUGGGGAAAACUGGUUUCCUUACAUCUCACGUUCUUACAGCUUCACUGGCUUCUGAAUAAAAGACUUUGGCUUCUCUGUCUCAUGGGUCAGCCUCUUCUGGAGCUCUUUGAAAAGUGCCACCAGGAAAACCUUUGGAGGAAGCUCUGCUUGCAGGAUCCCAUCUGGCUCAGUCACUGGGACCAAAGGUUUCGUCUUCUCAGCUUUUGGACUCGUGCUGAAGCUCAUCCUCCUGCCCAUCCCUCAACCUUUUGGCCAACGUUCUGCUUGUUUGAGUUUCCUUGGAUUGAAAGCUGUGGAGGUGAGCAGCCCCUGGAGACUAUGCAGAGGGAGGAACACGUUGGCCAAAGGUCCCUUCAGAGGAAUCUGGGGAGACUCUACAAAUGCUCCAAGUGCGGGAAAUCCUUUGCUCGCCGGUCCCUCUUUUUGAUCCAUCAGAAGCUGCAUACGGGGAAUGGAUCCCACCUGUGUUUUCAUUGUGGAAACUCCUUUCCUGGAAUGUGGAGCUUUGCCAAACAUCUCCGGAGCCACCCUGGACUGAGGCCUUAUAAAUGCGGAGAGUGCGGGGAGCGUUUUGCUAAAGGCUCGGACCUUGGAACCCAUCAGGGAAUCCACCAGGGAAAGAGAUCUCGGGAAUCCUGGAAGCGCUGGGGAAGAUUUCCUGGGAGACGGCGUCUUUCUAGGCCUCAGAACAGCCCGGCUGAAGAGAAGCCCUGCAAGUGUGUGCAAUGUGGGCUGUGCUUUUCUCAAAACUCACAGCUGCUUAAACAUCAACAAAUCCACACCAGAGAGAAACUUUAUCAAUGUCUUGAGCGUGGGAAAUCUUUCCGUUAUAAACAACUGCUUAAAAAACAUGAGAAAAUUCACACAGGGCAGAGUCCUUAUAAAUGCUUUGAGUGUGGAAAAUGUUUCACUCAGAGCUCAUCUCUUUGCCAACAUAAUAAAACACACACAAAGGAAAGCAAAACGUGCCUAGAAUGUGGGAAAUCUUUUUCUAGCAAAUCAUGCCUGCUGAAUCAUCAGAGAAUUCACACUGGAGAAACCCCCUAUGAAUGCCCAGAAUGUGGGAGAUGUUUUCGUGACAAGUCAACACUAAUUCGACAUCAAAGAAUUCACACUGGGGAAAGACCCUAUCAAUGCCCAGAAUGUGAGAAAAGAUUUGUGGCGUCUGCUACACUUCGGAGCCACCAAAGGACACACACGGGAGAAAAACUAUACAAAUGUAAUGAUUGUGAUAAAUGUUUUUCUCGGAAGAAAACUCUUUUUCAACAUCAGAGUAUCCAUACAGGGGUGAAGCCCUUUAUGUGCAUCGAGUGUGGAACAUUUUUCCGUAUAAAACAAAGCCUCCAAAGUCAUGAGAAUGUUCACAGAGGGGAAAAAAAGUUCAAAUGUUUAGAAUGUGGGAAAGCAUUUGCUCAUUCAUCAUCCCUUAGAAUUCACUGCCAAAGUCAUACGGGUGAGAGACGCCACAAAUGCUCAGUGUGUGAGAAAUCUUUUACCCGGAAAGAUGCACUUUUGAUACAUCAGAGUAAGCACAGUGGAGAGAAGCAAUAUAAAUGUCCGGAGUGUGAGAAAACUUUUCUUUGCAAGUAUUAUCUUAGAAGACAUGAGAGGAUUCACAAAGGAGAGAAUAUGCAGAAAAAUGAAAUGUGCCCAAAAUGUGGGAAAUGUUUUGGCACAAAGUCACACGUAAUUCAACAUCAGAAACUUCACACUGGAGAAAGACCCUAUCAAUGCCCAGAAUGUGGGAAAUGUUUUGUCAGAAAGUCACACCUAAUUCAACAUCAGAUACUUCACACCGGAGAAAGACCCCAUCACUGCCCAGAAUGUGGGAGAUGUUUUGGCACAAAGUCACAACUAAUUCGACAUCAGAGACUUCACACUGGAGACAGACCUUAUCAAUGCCCAGAAUGUGAGAAAACAUUUGUGGAGUCUGGUGAACUUCGGAGACAUCAGAAGGGACACACAGGAGAGAGGCCCUGUAAAUGUGCGGAGUGUGGGAAAGGUUUUCCCACAGAAACACGACUACGGGCUCAUCAGAGAAUCCACACGGGGGAGAAGCCAUACCUGUGUGUGGAGUGUGGGAAAUGUUUUUCCCAAAAACAACACCUUGUAAGGCAUCAAAAAGUCCAUACGCGAGUGAACCCAUAGAGAUGCAUAGAGUGUGGUAAUGUUUUGCUCAAAAGCGAGACAUCAGGAAAAUCAUAUGGAAAAAGCCCUUAUAGGCCCAGAUGGUAGAACAGUUUUUCAUAGUUGUUCAACCCUUAGAAAUCAUAUAAGAGUUCAUAAACGGGGGGGGGGGGAUUAGAAACUCUGAGAUUGUGGGAGAGCAUUUUCUUGUCAAUCAUCCCUUAAAAAUCACACUCCAGUCCAGAGAUGCAGUCAAAUUGAAAAGGAUCUAUUAAGAUGGGGAAAAAAUACAAUUGUCAUCGAUUAUAGAAGUUCUAUAAUUAAAAGGAACUAUAUUACUAGACUGAUGUUUCUGUUUUAAACAAUACCUAUGUGGACAAUGGGUGCACCACAUAACCAAUGACAGGAAUAUAUAUCUAAGUUUAUAUGGCAGGAGAAAAACCAAGAGUUUAAUUUAAAACUGUUCAAGAUUUUUACUUUGUUUUUAUUUGUUCCUUUUUUGUUGCUUUUUAUUUGGAGAUAAAACCUCCAAUAUAAUUAGCUGAACAU